AUGCAGUCUUUGCUGUCCUUCAAGGUGACAGACCUGGAGUCCCGUGCAAGCACUUGUAACUCGGCAACCAAUCGUGCUUGCUGGCAGAACGGCUUCAGCGUCACAACUGACUAUGAAACAUCCACUCCAUCUGGCACCACUCGGUCCUAUAGCUGGGAAGUAACAGAGAUCGCAAACUAUGUUGGCCCUGACGGCGUGAAGAAGGCCUAUGUCCAGCUGAUUAACGGCCAAUACCCAGGACCUACACUGUUUGCCGACUGGGGUGACACGAUCUCUGUGACCAUCAAGAACAGUCUCCCUCACAAUGGAACAUCCUUCCACUGGCAUGGGAUCCGUCAGUUCAAGACUAACAUCCACGAUGGUGUUAACGGUGUUACAGAGUGUCCUAUUCCUCCUGGACACUCCAAGACCUACACCUUCAAGGCGCAACAAUAUGGCACUUCCUGGUACCACUCUCACACUUCUGCCCAGUACGGUGACGGUAUCUGGGGAACAGUCCAGAUCGCAGGUCCGGCUUCCAACAACUACGACAUCGAUCUGGGCGUUUUCCCCGUUGCCGACUACUACUACAACACUGCUGAGCAAAUCACGCUGCUCACUCAGAGUGCUGGCCCGCCUCCAAGCGACAACGUCAUGAUCAACGGCACGAACAUCAACCCCCUCAACCCGAGUCAAGGAAAGUACGCUGUUACUACCUUGACUCCUGGGAAGCGCCACUUGCUCCGCGUGAUUAAUCCCUCGGUAGAGAACAACUAUCAGAUCUCCCUUGUCGGACACAAGUUUACCGUGAUUGGCACCGAUUUCGUGCCUGUCAGUACUGCGACCACUGACAACAUCUUCCUCGCAGUUGGCCAGCGCUAUGACAUUCUGAUCGAUGCUGACCAGAAGGUUGACAACUACUGGUUCAACGUCACCAUGUUCUCUACCAGUCUCUGCGGGACAUCAGUCAACCCACACCCUGCUUCCAUUUUCCGCUAUGCAGGUGCUUCCAAUGCCCUCCCGACCAAUGUCGGUACUGUUCCUCCCAACGCCAAUUGCCAGGACAACACACAGUAUGGACCUGUUGUGAGCCGCAUUGCCGACCAGAAAACCUUGAUUACUGAUGCCAACGAUCCCGCGCAUGAGCUUGAUAUCGCCCUGAACUUCACCUUCCCUGUCACUUGGUACAUCAACGGUAGCGCCAUCAAUGUCAACUGGGACAGGCCCGUGCUUGAUUACGUUCUCGAGGGCAACACCAGCUAUCCUCGUAGCGAGAACCUGAUCUUUGUCGACAAGAAGGACACCUGGACUUAUUGGGUGGUGCAGAACAAGUCGCCGAUCCCACAUCCGAUGCAUCUUCACGGCCACGACUUUCUGGUCCUCGGCCAUGCCGCCGGCACGACCUUUACCAGCAGCCUGUCCCCUACGCUCAACUUCCAGAACCCUACCCGCCGAGAUGUUACCAUGCUGCCAGGGAGCGGAUACCUAGUUAUUGCUUUCAGGUCGGACAACCCGGGCAACUGGCUCUUCCACUGCCACAUCGCCUGGCACGUCAGCGGUGGCCUUUCUUCCGACUUCAUGGAGAGACGCGACGAGCAGAAGGCGCUGAUCAGUGCGGGUGACCUGAAGGCGUACCAAGACAACUGCGCUGCUUGGAAGACGUUCUCCAAGACGGCGCCCCCAAAGAUCGAUUCUGGUCUUCGAUUGUAG